GAUUCCAGAAACCCCGCCUUUUGCAAGAACCUCCAUUACUAGAACCUUCUUUCCCCUUCUCGACGAUUCUUCUUCUUCAAUAAAACCCCAAUUCCUCUUCUCCAGAACCUCAGAUUCUUGGAAGAAUUGAUCUAAGUGCUCUCUUAGCUCUCCGCAUUUUAAGCAUUCUAAAAAUCUCCAUCAAUGGCUUCUUCAAUUGCUCUCCGAAGGCUGGCCGCUUCCUCCGCCGCUAAGCUCUUCAGUCCUGUUCGUUCCGCUUCUGUCCUUCCUUCUGUCGGUCGUUCUUUCAACACUAACGCUCAGAUUGCUAGUUACGACGACGAAGACCGCUCCGUCGAUUUGGACAGCCGCCGGAGCGGUUCUCUCUCUCGUUAUCGUGAUCGCUUCCCUGGUUUUGCAGGUUAUGUGUGCGAUCAUUUUUCGCUGAACCGGAGCCUGAGUCAGGUCCUGAAUCUGAUGGACCAGUUCAUGGAGGAUCCAAUUCUGGCAGCUUCACGAGGAGUUGGAGCAGGAUCAAGGAGGGGCUGGGACGUAAGAGAAAACGAGGACGCUCUGUACUUGCGAAUGGACAUGCCUGGACUGAGCAAAGAAGAUGUGAAAGUGAGCGUGGAGCAGAACACACUGAUAAUCAAAGGCGAAGCUGCAAAGGAAUCCGAAUACGAGGAGGACCGUCGACGAUUCUCAAGCCGACUGGAUUUGCCCGACAACCUCUACCAGCUGGAUUCGAUCAAAGCAGAAAUGAAAAAUGGUGUUCUGAAAUUGAGCGUGCCGAAGGUGAAGGAAGAAGAGAGGAAGGAUGUGAAGCAUGUUACAGUCGAGUAGUUGGGUCUAAAACUAAAAGAAAAAGCUCUGUAGCUUUUAGAGUCGAUUAUGGAGUUCUCUUCUCCUUUUGCUGUGGUCUCUGUUUCAUGGAGAUGUUUGCGAACAUUGUCGUGCUGUUUUGAAGAUUCCCAUGUAUGUGAUUUCAACGGAGUUUCGCCCCUCAUUUGGUGAUGGAAUCUAAGGAAUAAGCAGCUUUACAUAGUCAAAGUUUCCAUCAUGUUGGUGCCUCUUCUCUUCUGCGUUCUUCAUCCCAUCAUGUGAGUCUGCAUUUACUUUUGAGAACUUAAUUCAUUAAUCCAUCAGCACUCUCACUUACAUUCGA